AUGCCCAACUUCUCCGGGAACUGGAAGAUGAAGAGCUCGGAGAACUUCGAGGAGCUGCUGAAGGCGCUGGGUGAGUGGAUCCCCGCGGUGAACGUGAUGCUGAGGAAGAUCGCGGUGGCGGCGGCGGCCAAGCCGGCGGUGGAGAUCCGGCAGGACGGGGACGGGGAGAGCUUCUACAUCCGCACCUCCACCCCCGUGCGCACCACGGAGAUCCAGUUCAGGGUCGGAGAGGAGUUCGAGGAGCAGACGGUGGAUGGGCGGCCCUGCAAGAGCCUGGCCCGGUGGGAGGGGGAGAACAAGAACAAGAUGGUUUGCGAGCAGCGCCUGCUCAAGGGAGACGGGCCCAGGACGGGCUGGUCCCGGGAGAUGAGCAACGACGGGGAGCUCAUCCUGACCAUGACCGCCGAUGACGUUGUGUGCACCCGGGUGUACAUUCGGGAGUGA